UGCUUGUGGGCUCAGCAGCGCUACGUCAGCACUGACACGGAAACAUGGCGGCGUCCGGAGCACGGCGGCGGGCUGCUGGCGGGAUGUUGACGCUCCUGAAAAGCUUCCUCGUCGCGCUGCUGUGUCACCGCGCCGUGGCGGAUGUGACAACCGACCACGGGGCCGCCGCCGCGGGAGACGGAGCCCCGCACCGUCGAUUCGAGUACAAGUACAGCUUUAAAGGACCGCACCUGGCUCAGCCGGACGGCGGCGUUCCGUUCUGGAUCCACUCCGGCAAUGCUAUUCCUAGUGCAGACCAAGUGCGCAUCACGCCAUCCCUCAAAAGCCAGAGGGGCACCAUUUGGACCAAAAACAAGGUGGCCUUUGAACAUUGGGAGGCUGAGGUGACAUUCCGUGUGUCUGGAAGAAGCAGAACAGGAGCUGAUGGUUUGGCCAUCUGGUUCACAGCUGUCCAAGGCCUCGACGGUCCAGUGUACGGCGCAGCUGACAAGUGGAACGGAGUCGGAAUUUUCUUUGACUCUUUUGACAACGACGGAAAGAAAAAUAACCCGGCUAUCAUUGUUGUGGGAAACAAUGGCAACCUUGUUUUUGACCACCAACAUGAUGGCAGUACACAAGCCCUCGGGACGUGUUUACGAGACUUCCGCAACAAGCCGUAUCCCGUUCGAGCCAAAAUUACAUACUACAAGAAGACCUUGACGGUUAUGAUCAACAACGGUUUCACUCCAGACAAAGAGGACUAUGAGUUCUGCACCAAAGUGGACAACAUGAUCAUACCCGAUGAGGGAUUCUUCGGCAUCUCGGCGGCCACCGGAAGUUUAGCAGAUGACCACGACGUCUUGUCCUUCUUGUUGUUCAGACUCACAGAACCAGGCCAUACGCCGCCCCAACCUGAGACUGAGAUUCCUAAAGAAGAGAAGGACAAGUACCAGGAGGAAUUCCACAACUUUCAGCAAGAGCUAGACAAAAAGAAAGAGGAGUUCCAGAAAGAGCACCCUGACAUCCAAGGAGAAGCAAUCGACGACUUGUAUGAGAGCGUCAACGACCGAGAGAUCCGCCAGGUGUUUGAAGGCCAGAACCGUAUCCACCUGGAGAUCAAGCAGCUCAACAGGCAGCUCGCUAUGAUACUAGACGAGCAGCGACGCUACGUGUCUGUUAUCACCGAGGAAAUCUCCAAAAAGGGAUCGAACAUCGGAUCAGGCGGGGUGGAUUUAGCCACCCAGCAGCUUUCCACUGUGGUCUCCUCCCAACAGGAUCUUCUCAGGAACCUAAAUGAGUUUAGAAACUCUUUCUACGAGUCGCUGAAGCAAAUGGGCUCCUCCCAGCAACAGGUGGGCACGGCGGGCGGCACGACGUACGAGAACAUUCAACAUUUCAACGACAUCAAGGAGCACCUGCACUCGGUGCGGCGGGACUUGGAGCACCUGGUGCAGCGCGGCGCUCAGAACGUGGCGGAGAAGGCCAUAAAGUGCCCUGAGUUUCCUGCAAUGCCUUCCUGCUUGUCCACCGUCCAUUUUAUCAUCUUCAUCGUGGCGCAGUCGGUUCUCUUCCUGUGCUACAUCAUGUACAAAAGCCAACAGGAAGCAGCUGCCAAGAAGUUCUUUUGAUGACUAAAAUAUCCAUUUUGGAGGAUUUUGUAGUUUUGUUUUUGCUUCAAAUUGUUUUUGUUUUUUAAUUUUUCUAAGUUAUUAUACCUGGUGGAAAAAAAUCAUGACAAAUUUAGUUCUAGUAAAUUGUUUUCAUAAUCUUAAUUUGGUGCGGUAAAAGUUGUUUACAAGGAAGGAAACAGCGCGACGAAACCUGACAGUAUUUUCGCUUUGUCACACAUUUUGGAUUUUUGUUUGAUGAAGUCUGCUUUUGUUUGUCUCCAAGGCUAAUGAUUUUUUUUUUUUUUUUUUUGAAAAGUGCAAUUUUGUAAGAAAACUCUGCAAUGCUAACAAUAACAAACCUCUGUUUCACUUUUUUUUUUUUUUUUUUUUUUUCGAAAAGUGCGAUUUUGUAAGAAAGUUGUCAGAAUCUGACGUAUCUGCUGGAGGAAAAAAAAUCUCUUAAAUAUAUAACAAAAACUGCUGUCUA